GAUUGGACUACUGGAAGCUAAGGAGGGGUGGGGACUGGGCAGAGUCAAAGAAAAAGCAACUAUGGCAACACCAGCGCUUGAGGCUUGAAGAGGGAGACGAACUAAAAGGUAUAGUUUUUCUUAUGGAAGAAUAUCCAGUUAUUUCAUGAUGGCAUUUGCACCUCCGAAAAGCACAGAUGGUCCCAAAAUGCAGACAAAGAUGAGUACCUGGACACCCUUAAACCAUCAGCUUUUGAAUGACCAAGUAUUCGAAGAAAGAAGAGCUCUGCUUGGAAAAUGGUUUGACAAAUGGACAGACUCUCAAAGGAAAAGAAUCCUGAUAGGCCUUUUGGAACGCUGCUCCCUGUCACAGCAAAAGUUCUGCUGUCGAAAGCUUCAGGAGAAAAUUCCAGCAGAAGCUCUGGAUUUUACUACCACGCUUCCAAGAGUGUUAUCCUUAUACAUCUUUUCUUUCCUGGACCCCCGAAGCCUUUGUCGUUGUGCGCAGGUGAGCUGGCACUGGAAGAACUUAACUGAGCUGGAUCAGCUCUGGAUGCUCAAAUGUUUACGGUUUAACUGGUACAUCAGCUUCUCUCCAACUCCCUUUGAGCAGGGUAUAUGGAAGAAGCACUACAUUCAAAAGGUGAAAGAACUUCAUGUUACCAAGCCUAAGACACCUCCCAAAAAUGGGCUUGUGAUUGCUGAUGUUCAACCAGUUCCAGGCAGUUCUCCAGAGGAAAAACAGUCUCCUUCAUCAGCUUUCCGCUCCUCUUCCUCUUUAAGAAAGAAGAAUCACCCAGGGGAGAAAGAACUCCCACCCUGGCGGUCCUCCGACAAGCAUCCAACCGAUAUCAUUCGCUUCAAUUACCUGGACAACUGUGACCCCUUCGAGCCAAUUUGGCAAGGAAGAAGGAAAAGACAUGAAAUGACCCCAGAUGCCAGCCGACAGUCACAUGAUAAGAAAAAUAAAUUGCAGGACAGAUCUAAGCUAAGAAAAGCACAGUCACUGAUAUCCCUAAGGGCAGAACCCAGCUCCCUUCUACAAGUUCCAGCUCUUCUCGCCUGGCCUCCUCAUCGGUUAGCGGGGCUCCCAGCCACCGAGGCAACAACGAAAGUACUCAUGCAGCAUCUUCAGAGACACUCUGGGCUUCAGUCAUUACCCAUCCAGGCUCCAGAGCUGAAGCUGAUUUAAAAAUGUAAAAAAGAUCUUUUUAGAAUUGACAAGAUGCCCUCCACGUUGGAGAUUUGGAUGUUACUUGGCUCCUCUAUUGGAAACUGUCGGUUCAGGCACCUUAAUGUGGAAGUGAAUUCUACAGUAUUUCGGCAAAAGAGAUUCAUGACAUCAAUGGUGACAUAUUUACAAAUUUAGAUAGAAAUGCAAAGAUGAUAGGUACCAUGGAGUUGAUAAAAGGAUAUGGGACAGCACCGUUGGUAAUAUUGGGUAUAUGAGAUAGGGUCCCAGAAGGACACAGACGGCCCACUCCCAAGGCUGCUCAAGUAGUUUCAUGAUGGGGCUCUUACCAUGCUGUCUUAUUUUGCUAGGCCUUCCAUAACAAAUUACCACUAUCUUAGUCCGUUUGGGCUGCUGUAACAAAAAUACAAUAGUUAGGUGGCUUAUAAACAGCAGACAUUUAUUUUCUCACAGUUCUGGAGGCUGGAAGUCCAAGAUCAAGGUAUCAGGGUCGAUUUCCUCUGAGGCCUCUCUCCUUGGCUUGCAGAUGGCUGCCUUCUCGCUGUGUCCUCACACCGUCUUCCCUGUUUCCCAAUCUCUUCUACAAGGACAAAGUCGGAUCGGAUUAGGGCCCAUUCUAAUGACCUCAUUUAACCUUAAUUACCUCUUUGGGGACCCUAUUUGCAGAUAGUCACAUUCCAAAAUCCUAGGGAUUAGGACUUCUACAUAGGAAUUUAGUGGGAACACAGUUCAGCCCAUGACACACACUGUGGGCAGGGUUAAAAACACCAAGAUGAAAUGGCGACACACCUAGGAACUAGGAACAGUGGAUGCCUUUACCAUCCUUUGUCCUAAAGAGGCAAAAGGGAAAGGGUGUGUUGUUCCUAGAACCCAGGGAGAGCUGUAGCCAGCCAUGGGAGAGGGGCUGCCCAACAAGAUGUGGGCCACGUGGAGGACGGAAGCAGCCACCGUGGAAACCAAGCCCUGCUAGGGAGCAAAGAGGAGAGGACCCGAACCUUUCUCUCCCCACCCUUUGACACUCCAGCAGCUCUUCCCUUUGGUCAAAACUAUCUAGAAGUCAGACAGCAAAGACACCUGGGGGUUGCAGCUCUUACAUGUCAGCCUCCAGGGCAGGCAAGGGAGCUGAGAAGUGUGACCACGAAUGGGCGCAAAGGGGUAGGAUGUGAGUGGAACAGUGAGGAAUAACCAGCACAGUGGAGGGAGAUGUAUACAUUUCCAAAGGAAGAAUUAGGAUUGAUACUCAAGCAAUGGCUGAGCUUUAAAGUUGCUGGAAAACAGAAAAUGUUACUUAGCUGCAACAAUAUUAGUCAUACACUCUGAAUUAAAUGACCUACUCAUGUAACCAUUUCAAGGUCCCAGAAGUUACUAUUCUAGGAUACUUAUAUACCUAAGUAAAGCAGGAUGGUAGAAAAACAAAUAUGUUUGUCAAUCAUGUAAUAAUGAACACUUAUAUUCUUAUACUACAUACUGUAAUGUGUAUAUAUGUGAAUGGUUUAAAAUAAUGGCCUGACAGGAUGGCCAAGGAUA